AUGAGUAAUUUAACACUUUACACAACGACCGCUGUAAUACUUCUUGAUGGUGAAGGAAAUAGAAUUCUUGCAAAAUAUUAUGGCAAUAAAAAUCCAUAUCCCACUCCAAAAGAACAAAAAGUUUUUGAAAAAGGAUUAUUCGAUAAAACCAGAAGAGCGAAUGGCGAAAUUAUUCUCUAUGAUAAUCAUGUAGUUCUUUACCGUAGUAAUAUUGACGUCUUUUUUUACGUUGUUGGAUCCGUAGAAGAAAAUGAACUUUUGUUAAGCACUAUCUUGAAUGCAUUUUAUGAUGCAGUUUCUAGUUUAUUAAGACAUCAAGUUGAAAAAAGAACAAUUGCUGAUAACCUGGACCUUGUAGUUCUUGCUUUAGAUGAAACAAUAGAUGAUGGCAUUGCUUUGGAAACCGAUUCAAGUGUUAUUGUAUCUCGCGUAACUCGACCCCGCACUGAUACUACAGAUAUUCCUAUCACAGAGCAAACAUUCAUUCAAGCAUAUCAUACGGCAAGAGAACGAGUUACUGAGCGAUUGUUACGUGGAGUAUAA